GGUUAGCUUAGUUCAGAGUGAAAUAAAACAAAAGCGCUCAUUAUUGCUGUCAUUGUAACUCCUCACGCACCAUCACACAGAUUCAAACAGUCUCACGGUUGUGUGUGUAUGAUUAUUCGGAUGAUAUUUGGUGAGGGGUGUGUCUGAUGAACUGUUUUGGAUCUUUAGUAUGACGUUAGCAGCUGUGCUAGCUGGGUAGCUGAGCUAACUGAAGGCAGGGAGGAGAGUUAGGAAGAGGAUUUAAUCGCUGUUUGUGAGUCUCUGAUGUGAUUGAUUAUGUUCUCCUGCUUUAAACAGACUUGAGCUCUGGGUGAUGAAUUAUUCAUGAGGAGGCGGGGCUUACGGGGACGUUACGGAGAUUGUGGGCGGAGUCACGCAGAUCGAUGUCUGAUCCUGCUCUGAUUGGAAGAUGAUAGAAAUGUUUGCUGAUAAAGCCUCAGUUUUACUCAGCGACCCGUCGGCGGGCGCUUCUUCACCCCGACAGCAUUCCCAACUUUCAGGAACCCGCGCUGAAAAUCUUCACCAUCCUCCAGAUACACUUAGAGAACACGGCACUGAGGAGGAACCGAACCCAAUGAAACCAGAUCCCAGCGGGGACGAAGUAGCUCCAUCUGACGUCCCAUCACAGAGCCAGAACGGCCUCCAGCCACCCAAACCCCACCAGCAGAGACUGAACAAACGUCGGAGCACCAUGAGCAGCACCGUGAAAAGCCCCGUGUUCGGCAAACGCCGUCGGCGCACCAAUUCGGAGAGCGAGUCGGUCCUGCCAACCAACUUCUUGAUGGGCGGGAACAUCUUCGACCCGCUGAACCUCAACAGCUUAUUGGACGAGGAGGUGAACCGGGUGCUGAACGCCGAGACUCCCAAGUCUUCUCCUCUGCCGUCCAAAAGCAGAGAUCCGGUGGAGAUCCUGAUCCCACGGGACAUCACCGACCCGCUGAACCUGAACGGGUGCACGGCGGGGGACGCCGGGAUCGUUCUCACCCCUGUGAAAAGCGGGAGGAGGAGGCACCGGAAUCGCCAUCACGGAGGAGCGGGUGGAAGAGGAGGGAUUGGUAGAGGAACAGGAAAUGUAGAUGUUCCAGGAGCAAGCAAGGGAUGCGAACCGACACCCAUCCAGCUCUACCAAUCAGAAUCCGAGUCGGUUCGACUUUGUUUAGCGUCUCAGCCGGAGAGCACGCUGACUUUAAUGAACACGCAGCGGGUCGAUAACGAGGGCGACCUGGACCCCGGAGCGCCUGUGGAGGAGGAACCAGAACCCAAAGUUCUCCCCAGGCAGGAGGUCCGAGAGGAGAAGGACAGCACGACCGUAUCCAGCACGCAGUCGGCUCCGACGCACCGGCAGCGCAAACGACGGCGCAGCAACAGCAGGUCGGAGAACACAGGAGCCCCCUGCUGGGACAAAAACAAAACAACAGAUCUCGGUUCUGGUUCUGGUUCUGGACAACACCAUCAUCCCAACAACAGGGGGCAGCCAAAAAACAGCCAAAAACCAAACAACCAAAAGAAGAAGUUCCAAUACGGAAACUACAACCAGUACUACGGCUACAGGAACCCCGGAGCCAGCGAAGAUUCCAGGAUACGGGUUCUCCAACCUGAUUGGUUCAGAGGGAAAGAGGUUCUAGAUCUGGGCUGCAACACGGGUCACCUGACCCUGACCAUCGCUAAGAACUGGCGGCCGACUCGCAUCGUUGGCCUGGACAUAGACGGCUCGCUGAUCCACGCCGCGAGGCAGAACAUCCGGCAUUACCUGUCCGAAAUCCACACGCUACAGACCAGGGGGGAGAAGAGAGACGGGCGAGAGAGAAACGAGGGUGACGCGGGCGAGCCGAGGAAACCGGAACACGACGGGAAAACGCCGGAGGCCGAAGAGCGAGAGGCGCCGGAGGGGAAGAGAGGAGGCGCAGAGGGGGAGGGAUCGGCAUCGUCCAAUGGGAGCUGUUUAUUCCCCGUUUCGAUGCUCAUCUCCAGAGGACCGAUCGCUGCUCCUCCUUUACCCGACACACCUACACGCCCGCCUGGAAACUUCCCCUCCAACGUCACCUUUGUGAAGGGGAACUACGUGCUGGACAGUGACGUGCUGCUGCAGACCCAGCGUGAGGAGUUCGACAUGAUUCUGUGUCUCAGCGUCACUAAGUGGGUUCACCUGAACUGGGGGGACGCCGGCCUGAAGCGCUUCUUCCGCCGGGUCUAUCUCCAUCUCAGACCCGGGGGCCUCUUCAUCCUCGAACCCCAACCCUGGAGCUCCUACAGCAAGAGGAAGACCCUCACGGACACCAUCCACAAGAACUAUUCCAAUAUCCAGCUGAAGCCGGAGCAGUUCUCCUCCUUCCUCACGGGCGAGGUGGGCUUCUCCAGCUACGAGCUCCUCGGCACCUCCAGCUCCUCAUCCAGAGGGUUUCAGCGCCCCAUCUACCUGUUUCACAAAGGCGCGGCUCCUCGAAAGUGACCCCCCCCAACCAGAAGUGAUUUUCUCAGAUGAACGUUGGCACAGAUUGGCACCGGAUGCCCGUCGCUGUGUGUUUCAGUGGAACACAGACUCAUGACGUGAGCACUGGACGCCGUUCUGAUCUCAGAUCACCCACGGGAAGGUGUGUGUUGGGGGUGUUAUUAGGAUUUUGCUUUGUUUUGUGGUGUUGCGUGUGAGGACAGAUUAGUAGUGAGAGGUUCUAGUGUGCUGAUCAGAUAUUUUUGUAACGUGGACACUUGGACCUAAAACGCGUGGACUCUCGAGGGUUCUUUACACCUUUUCUUCUUAAUAAUUAGAACCUAAAACUCUGAGGUUGAUCAUUUAUUGUGUUUAAAAAAAGACACAAAAGUCGUAAAUAAAACAUUGGUAACCCCACGAUCCACCAGGUGGCUUCUGAACGUCCUGAUGUGGGUUCUGCACACUGGAGCUCCAACACGUUGUUCCAAAAUUUCUGCACCUUGUGACUGGAGGCCACACUGGACCGUGUGUCCUGUGGAUGGAGGACAUCAACAUCAUCCUGGAGGAGAACACUCCCAUCAGAUAGAAACACUCUACUGUAGUGUAUUGCAGCGUAUUGUUUCUGGUCCGUGAUCUUGGCACAUGCCUAGUCAAUCAUGCCACACGAGUCUGAAUCUGAUGCUUGCUGCCCCUGAGGUGCGAGUGGGGCACGGGUGGGGCACGGGUGGGGCGCAGGGAGUGUGAUUUGCGAUCAGACCCACGAUCGAAUUGUUUCUUUUAUUUACACAUUUCAUGCCAGUCUGUGGAUUUCAGUGAUUAAUGUUCAUGAUUUUCAACCAACAUGUCUGAGUGAAGCUGUCGGCUUCUCUGUGCCCGUAUAAAUAGGGCUAGUUUGACUGCACUUACUGAAAAAGUACAUGGAACAGUGUUCUCUACUGAGGCCUGCCAAGGUUAAAGCAACAAGCAGCCGGUAUGAGAAGCUGCUGAAACAUCUGUGACCGUCCACAGUCAUGCAGGCUUUAUUUUGCCAGGAGUUACAGACUAAUGAGUGAUAAAGUCGCUCCUGCAGUGUUUUGAUUUGUGAAUAGUAACCAAAUUUAUUUAAGCUCACAGCAUCAUUAAAGCUUGUUUGACUGUGGACAGUGUCCCCCAUGUUCCAGCAGCUUCUAAUGCUGUAGAACUUUGUACACCCUUCAGUAAUCGUUGCUGUAUGUAUAUUUUUGACCUGUAAUUAUUUCUGAGCUUCACUUAAACGUCUAUAAAGCUACAAACAUACGAGCAAAAGUAUUGGGACGCCGCUUCUGAUUAUUGAAUUUAUGUGUUUCAGCCACAUCAGUUACUAACAGGUGUAAUAAAUCAGUCAUAUAAAAGAAAUAUGCUUCUGACUUUGCAGUAACAGUUUAGGGAAGGCCCUUUCCUGUUCCAGCAUGACCAAGCUUUAUAAAAAUGUAAAAAAAAAUCGUUUGACUAAACAGGCACAAAUUCCCACAGACACACUUCAAAGUCUUGUGAGAAGCUUUCUCUUUAGAGAUGAAAAGAUCACACAGAGGGUCACUCUGUUUUAAUAAUGUGUUUUCGGAACCGGGUCAGGAAGCUUAUGGUCAGGCGUCCAAAUACUUUUGGCUGUAUUCUGAAUGUUCAUUAAUGAAUGUGGUUUUUUGAGGUUUCUUGCUAAAAUUGGACUAUUUUAUUGAACACGUUUACUUUGCUUGAUCUCGAAUCCCGCUGGAGGCCUCGACGUGCCUCCCAGUUUGGAUCACAGGUGCAGCAGAAAUCCAGAAACCGAAUUAGAGUCGUGACGUCUCGUAUUUGGUUUUGCUUUAAACGAGGUAUUAAAUCUUCUGCAGCAGCUGAACAUUCAGACGAUCGAUUGUUAUUGAAAAAUUCAUGUUGUUCAAUAAUAAACUGAUUUCUUUUAA